AUGAGUGCGAUCACCAUGGUCUACGAGCUAAUGAUCACGUGCGUAUUUUUCGCAGACGUCGGUACGAUGCCCGUCGAUCGUCUAGACCAAUUAAUGAAUUUCACACCCGCAAGCUCGUUAGGUUACAAUCCGACCGUAGUCAACCAUCCGUUCAACUGGGAUAUUUUGGAGAAGAUCGACGUGAAGAAAUUACUGGAGAUGCUAAAAAUACUCAGCGAGGAAAAAUCUGCAGAAGUGUUGGAAACAACAAGUUUACCGUCUACUAUAGUGAACACGGUACACGAAUUAGACUAUUUGAAAGACAAAGCCGACGAAGAUUUAUCGAAAAGUCAAGUUACAGGACUGGUGUUUUUGAACACGGCUUAUGCCAAAGUUUCGGAUCACAUAAAAUCGGUUCACGAAACCAUUCAAAAGAACAUCGACGUUUUGAUGAAGCUUAAUAUUUUGAAAGGAAUGCUGAUGGAAGAUAAUAUACGUUCGAAAGGAUUGACACCGUGGAUUAAAUACAUGUCCAAAUACAAAAAUAUUGAUAACAGUUAUUAUUAA